AUGGCCAGCACUACCGAAAUCAAUUCUUCUUUUUCUUCCUCUUCUUCGCCACGCUCUUCUCUCGACCGACAACCUGCCGACCUUUCUCCGGUCUUGGCCGGUGAUUCUUCCACAUCAAAUCGCUUCCUCUCUCCACCCCUGCCGCCGCUGAAAAAGACCCGACCUCCCACCGUCCGGCGCUGUACGGACCCUUCCACCUCCGAAAUGGCUGCCACCAUGUCCGCGACCGUCCACCACUCCGUCCGACCUUCCAGCAGCCACCGCAGUCGAUCUCCCUUCUCCUCGGGACACUCUCGAUCGCGCUCGACCGGGACCGCUGCGUCAUACUCCGCUCCGUCGCAGACAUCCUCCUUCUCCUCCUCUUCCGGCCCUGCGUUCCGCAUGGCAUCACGAGUCCCGGACUUCUCCAACGUCUCUACCGCGCCCUCAUCGUCGCUAUCCGGUCCCUCACGAGCACCAGCGCGUCAGCGAUCACCCUUUCGCCCAGACGACAGCUUGUCUCCGCAACGGUGGUUUGAAGGGGGCAUGAGUGGCAGCUCGAGCGGGAUCCCCGCCAUACAAGAGGACAGUGAAUUACAAUUGACGCCCAAAGUCCCCCUCUCAUCAUCCAGCAGCCACGCCGCCGCCGCCGCCGGUUCGACGGCCAUGCCACCCCUCAACACCCUCGCCAUCCGCUCCUCCUCCUCGUCCGCCGCGCCUCCCCGACGACGUCCCCACUCCCCGCUCCACAGCGCCGGCCUGAUCGCCCACUCGCCGACCCUCGCGUCGACCAUCCCGGAAUCCCAACCCAUCACGACCCCGCCCAACGGCUUCUCCUCGUCGUUCUCCUCCUCGGCCUCGUCGGCGGCGGCGGCGACAUCCCCCUCCUGGCAGCGCUAUACCGAGACCUACCCCUCCGGCCUGGUCCUCCACCACAGCGCGAGCACCUCCUCCUUCGGCAGCAGCAUCCCGAGCUCGGCCACGCCGACCUCGCAACGCUCCCGCUCGCCCUCCAUCUCCUCCCUCGAGACGAUCGAGGACGCGCCGGACCUGGAAUGCGCAGCCGUCGAGGCCGAACUGCGGCUCGCGGCGGAGCGCGCGGAGGCCGCCGCCGGCGAGGACGGCGAAGAGGGUUCCGGGGCGCCGCCGCCGACGACGCGGCGGUCGUUGGACAGCGGCGGGCCCCGGGGGUUCGGGUUCGGCGGCGGGCGCGGCGCCGCCUCGGCGCUGAGCCGCGAGCGCAAGAGAUGGUCGGUGUGCGGAGGCGAGCGGAGGGCGGAUCUGGACCUCGAGACGAUCUACGAGGAUUGA